GGAAAAUGACAUUAGUGAUGUGUUGGACACAACAUUUUCUGUGGAGCACGAUUCUUUCGGUCAGCUUCAGGUUCAUGAACUGAAACCAAAUGGAAAGAACAUAACUGUAACUGAUGACAACAAAAAAGAAUAUGUCAGGUUGUACGUGAAUUAUCGGUUCAUGAGAGGAAUAGAACAGCAGUUUCUUGCCCUCCAGAAAGGUUUCAAUGAGUUGAUUCCUCAACAUCUUCUAAAAUCAUUUGAUGAGAAGGAGUUGGAGCUUUUGAUUGGAGGGCUAGGAAAGAUAGACUUGGAGGACUGGAGACUUAACACACGUCUCAAACAUUGUACUCCUGACCACAACAUAGUCAAGUGGUUCUGGAAAGUGGUAGAGUCGUAUAGUGAAGAACGUCGUGCCCGUCUUCUCCAGUUCGUCACAGGAAGUUCACGUGUUCCUCUGCAAGGCUUCAAAGCUUUACAAG